AUGCACGCCCAUCCCGGGCCCAGGCUCGCCCUGGCCAGGACCGCUGCGCACGCCCUCCACGGUUGGGCAGGAAGGCGCGACGACGACGACGGAGGGGGGGGAGGGGGAGGAGGAGGAAGAGAGGAGGGGAGGAGAGGCGCGAGGAGCGUGGAGGACCCCAGGACGCCGGCGGCGCGGGGCAGUAUUAGGGGCCGCCGGGCACCGCACGCCUGCAGGCGCCGCGCGGCAGGGCGCCCCUCGUCAGCGGCCCCCCCAGGAGGUGGCUCGUCGGACCUCGGCGGCCUCCGGCGCAUACCGGAAGCGCCACAGCUCCUGACGACCGCCGAGUGCGGACCCUCCUCCUCGUCGUCGUCCUCGGACUCGCUGUCGGCGGCGGAGGCGAUGGCACUCUCGAACUCCAGAUGCCGCGGCAGUUUCUCGUCUGGGCGGGAGAAGAAGACGCCAUCGGAGAGCGGCCUGCAGGGGGCCACCGGCAGGAACCAGUCGGGGCCAAACCUGCCCAUGGUCUGCGACAGGUUCGUCAAACAGUUGUGA